AUCACAAAGGAAACGGUUAGUUGUGACAGUAAUAAUAUUCCCCCAGAAACCUACUAGUCUUUCUCUUAUGUCUCAUUUACAUUUAGCCUCUCAUCCCUUGCUUCUUUUUGCUUCCAAAUAGUAACAACCAUGUUCAGGCCAGGGUUCGUACGAGCUUCCAACCAUGCUCAACUUCCUCAGUGGAAAGACACUUGGACACGAGUGCUACCUGCUCUGACUUUAUGGAUAUGUGUGUCGGUAAUCCUCCGAUAUGGCUACUAUGGGAAUUGCAGUAUGGUGCUUGGACCAAGCUCUUCUCGGUUGAUGAAGGCUAGUUCUGUUUUUGUACAACAGGUUCAAGUAAGAGAUGAAAAUUGGAAAGGGGCUCUUGUUUAUAUGUUUUCAGAGAAGCCAGAGUUAAGCAACGAAGUAAAUUGGAACUUUUCAAAUUAUUUGAUUGUUGGAGCAUAUGCUCGCAAGGGAUACUCUUUGUGGUUAAACAAGGGUUCUAGGAUCUGCAUAAGAUGGGCAACUCAACCCAGUAGAUUAGACAAAAUUGAACUCAUUAUCAUAAAAGGAGAAAAAAAACGAGAAACGUUGCUGCCCGAACAAACAGUGCCAUUUGGUGCCCUUUUCCUGAAUGAACCAGUAACUGGUAAAGAAGCAGACUACAACAUUGAGGAAGAUGACAAGUACUCUGUAGGUCUAAUUAACUCGAACCCUAGAAGCAUAAUUAUUACAUUUAGUUUAAAUGUUACAUCCAAAGUUUAUGAUGUAACAAAAGCCAGCGAUAUGUGUUCAACACUAAAUGGAUCAUGCCGGCUCCAACUUCAGUUUCCCCACACUCAGUAUGUUAUAGUUUCAACUCCUGAUAAUGGUGAUAUUGCCGGACGGUACGUUGAGCUGUCUUUUGUCGCUCGAGUUGUUACUUACAUUGCAAUUUUAGGUUUCUUCAUCAUUAUCAUUUUAUUGGUGCUGAAAUACCUAGGAGCAUGCAAUGAUGAGAGAACAGUAAUUAAUAGUAAUACAACGUUCAGGGAAAUAUCGUGGACGGAGACUGACCCUAUUUUACUGGAGAAGUCAGUUCGGUUGACCUACGGAACAACGGCAGAGGACGACAAUGAUGAUGCCGAAACCGGAUCUUCAAGUAGCUCGUCGGAGGAUUUAUAUGAUGCGAAAUUAUGUGUAAUAUGCUAUGAUGAUCAACGCAACUGCUUCUUCGUCCCAUGUGGACACUGUGCGACUUGCUAUGAUUGUGCUCAAAGGUACAAACAAGAAGAAAAGAAAAGAAAUCUUCUCUCUCUACUUUCACUAACAAAUAAAAAUUGCAGGAUAAUGGAGGAAGAUAACAAGGUGUGUCCAAUAUGUCGAAGAUUGAUUCACAAAGUAAGAAGAUUGUUUAGUCCAUAGAAAUAGGUAAUGAAAUGAGAUUGUAUAUUCAUGCCAGCAUGGUGGCUAUCUACCGAACUGAGUGCCUCGUUUAGGUUUUUGUACGAGUCUGGGUUCGGAUAUAGAUGGAGGCCUUGGGGGAAACCGUUGCAAGCAACAUGUGGGGAGUCAUUGUUUGUCCCCAUGGUGAAAUCAUGUGUAGAUUUGCUUACAAGAUCACCGUGUUUAUCUAAUCUCAUGAUUGCACUAUCCAUCCUGAUUUCAUCUUUCACUAAAAUGAUGUUGAUUCGGCACUUCAACUGAUUAGGUGUUCAUACUUGUUCAUUUA